CAAAAGCCAAGUAGCCCAUGUCCAACAAUGGUAAAAGAGGCGGAAGACUAGAAAAGCCCGACUCCAGAUCUCUGAACUCCUGCUCUUCAAGCGACACGGCAAUCCCGAUUCUCAAAUUCCGGAUACCCAAUCGGCGGGUCUGCAAGAGUGCAAGCGACAGAGGGAGGAGCGCCGCCUAAAGACCGGACGCCACCACCACGCGACGACUCAAGCCGCCUCCAUUCCUCCAGGCCUCCGCUCGCAGCCUCGCAAGGCCGGCUCAGUCGCUCCCCUCGCUGAAGACCUGACGUGCUGGCCGCUGGGCUGCUGCCUGGCACCUGCUGACUGUGCUUACUAGUUAAUACUGUCUACUCAAGUUCUGAACCAGUUAACCAGGUAUGAAGUUAUUUGAAAACGAUGAUGAUGAUGUAGAGUUGAGCAAAAUCAAGAUCAAUGAGGAGUUCGCUCGCCGGUUCGAGCACAACAAGAAGAGAGAAGACCUUCACAGAUUUGAAGAGCUGAAGAAGAAAGGUCUAGUUGAUGAAGAUGAGGAACCCGAUGAAGAUGAAGACGACAGUGAAGGGUUUGGAAAUUCAAUUAAUAAGAAGGAUACUGAGUUUUUCGAUGCAUUGCUUAAGAUCAGGAAGAAAGAUCCCAUGUUGCAAAACAAAGAUGCGAAACUAUUUGAGUCUGAAUCUGAUGAAUCUGACCCUGAUUCCGAGUCUGAUAACGAAAAGAAAGCCAAUGAUAAGAAAAAGCCAGUUUAUUUGAAAGAUGUAAUAUCAAGGCAUUUGAUGGAGGAGGGACCUGAAUUUGAUGAUGAGGAUGAAGGAAAGGAUGAGAAGAAGCAAAAGACAUACUCAGAAGAGCAAGAGGAGCUCAGGAAGGAGUUCUUGGAUGCAGUGGAGAAGAUGGACAUGGAAGCUGAGGAUGGGGAUGACUUUUUAAAGGUUAAGGGGAGUGGGAAUACGGGAGGUGAUGAUGAUGAUGAGGAUGGUGAUGAUGGAGAGUUUUCGAAAAAGUUAGAAGAGUAUUUUGGGGAGGAUAACAAGUUAGAUGAGAAUGACCGGUUUUUGAAAGAUUUUUUCCGGAAUAAAAUGUGGUUGGAUGAUGACAAAAAGGUCAGGAAAGUGGAUGAUGAGGAAGAGUCCAUACUCUCAGAGGACGAGGAAGCAAUUGAGAAGCAAGAGGAUUAUGAGAGGGAAUUUAAUUUUAGGUUUGAAGAGAAUGCUGGUGAUAGGGUUUUGGGGUACUCAAGGAAAGUGGACGGUUCGGUAAGGAAAAAAACAAAUGCAAGAAAAUUGCAGAGGGAGAGAAAGGAAGAGAGGAUGGCUAGGGAAGCAGAGGAGAGGAAAGAGGAGUUGAAGCGGUUGAAGAAUUUGAAGAAGAAAGAGAUGAACGAGAAACUUCAAAAGAUUAAAGAGAUUGCUGGGAUAAGAGAUAAUGUGGAUUGUUUGAUAGACGAGGAUGAUCUCGAAGCUGAAUUCAACCCAGAGGAGUAUGAUAGCAAGAUGAACAAAACAUUUGGAGAUGAUUACUAUAAUGAAGAUGAUACCAACCCCAAUUUUGCGAGUGACGGUGAUGAAGAUCUUGAAAAACCGGACUUUGACAAGGAGGACGAGUUACUUGGGCUUCCGACCGGUUGGGAAAGAAACUUGAAAAGGGGUGAGAUCGACGAUAAUGAUGAUGAAGAUGAAGAUGUGGAGCCAAUCCAUAAUAAUGCUGCAAUGCAGGCUGCUAAGGACCAAUUAAUGGAUGAAUAUUACAAGUUAGACUAUGAGGAUGUAAUAGGUGACUUAAAGACGAGGUUUAAGUACACACCCGUUAAUCCUAAAAGGUUCGGUUUGAAAACCGAGGAGAUUAUAAUGUUCGAUGACAAGGAGUUGAAUCAAUAUGUGCCUCUGAAAACAUUGGCUCCAUAUAGAGAAAAAGAGUGGAAGGUCCCACGUACUAAGAGAUACCAGCAGAAGCAGAAAUUUAAAGAGUUAUUGCUCGAGGGUGUCCAGAAUUCGAACUUCGAAAAGUUUGAGAAGAAGAAAAAGAGGCCAAGUGAGACAGAAACGUCUAAGGUGUUAAAUUCCACCGAAAAUGGAGGUGAUGAUAUAAGUGGUAGUUUGUCCAGGAAGAAAAGGAGAAAGCUUCGUCAAGCAGAAAUGAAGUUAUCCCGUCCAAGGCUUAUGGCAUAUGGAAAGAAAUAAGAGCAUCAAUAUUGAGGUGAGCACUUGGCCCUUUUUUUGGUUCAGAAUUUUGGCCAAAGAGAUGUGAUAUAUAUUUCUGUACAAUGGUUCAGAAUUGGAAGCCAUUGUUUGCAGAAACAGGGGAGAUGAAGUUUUUUAUAUUUGUUGUUUGUUGGACUCCUUGUGUCACGUUUGAAAACAUAUAAAAUAAUGCUGUAAUGAUCUCUAUCUCUGUAAGUCUGUUUAGUUGUGGUCCAGGUUUUUAAAUUGAAUUUGAUGCAUCAUUAUUAUCAUUUUAAUAAUUUAUUUGACUGGUUAAUUUUUUAUUAUUUAAAAUGCAGUAUAUAAUUUUGGGAGAAUGAUAACUA